GCUAAAAGAAAUCGAGAGUUGAAACUUAUAUUUGAGCAAGCAAUUUUUCGUAACAAUGACCACAAUGUUCCUGUGUCAUGUACUUUAUCGUCAGACUUUAAAGGCGACAUCAAUAAAGUGGUUCUCGAACUUAGUGAUGAAAUAUUAGAUUCUAGUUCACAAUAUUUAGAUGAAUCAAUUGAUCUCAAAUCACAAUUGCAUGAGAGACAUAAUAAAAUGGCAUUACUUAUUCAGUUCAUUCGCAACAGCAAUGUUAUUGACAAGGACGGAGCAGAGGGGCCUUGCCGAAAAUUAUUAAAUAGUGCUAUCUAUGGAUAUUUUCAGGACCGUAACUUUCAAUCCAAAAAUGAGGAUUUAGCCAGGUUUUUUUAUCGAUACCGUGUGCGUGAUCUUGGUACUAUCUUCACUUACAUUCAACGUGUAAUAGAGAAUUAUAUGGACGCUGAUGACCGUGAUAUAAUGGUUUUUGAGGCAAAUACUAUUAUACUGCUUGCUUUUGAAGCGGCUUUUGAUUUUAGAAGAAUUAAUAAAGAAUUGUACGCAAUAACUUCGAACGAAUCAAAAGAUUCCUGGACUUUUCAACCUGAGCUUUUAAAAGUUAUUCAUCAACAGUUUGAGGAAACGGACGUUGCAAUUCGAAAUUUCACAGUUCAAAGUUCUAGUCAGACGGUUAAUGACUCACUUCAAUAUACUAGCCAAGGGAUAAAUGAUUAUAAUAAAGUUCAAAUGAAAGACGCUAGAAUAGAAACACUUAAAGAUCAAAUGGUUAACUUGGCGGAUGUACUACUUGGAGCAACUACAGAACGACUGAUUUGUGAUGACGUCAGAACUAGAAGUUAUGCACAAAGUUAUCGUGAUCAGUGGUCUAACAUUUUAAAAAAGUUGGUCUCUAUCGGUAGAGGUGAUCGAGCUUUCGCUUUAAGCGAGUCUUAUGAAGAUUAUAAAUCAUUAGUAUUUGAUAUUGAGUCCCAUCUAUAA